CAUCUACCAUCCCCUUCAUCGUUAAUCCUUCUCGUCCUCACCGCCAACUCCACCAGACCCCUUACGACUGUGCUUGUUGCUCUCCUCUUCUGAUCAGCAAGACCUGGCGCUCGCUUUCACGACUUCACUACAGCACCUUGCCUUGUCCUCUCUCUUCUGGGGCAGCCGGACUCGCUCGAACGCGCUCCACCUCUAGAACAACGUUUCCGUAUACCAAGGGUCAACGCCUACUACGUGCACGAACAUGGAUCAGGACGACCAACUGUACCCCAUUGCCAUCCUCAUCGAUGAGCUCAAGUCGGACGAUGUCACUCUGCGUCUAAAUGCCAUUCACAGGAUCUCCACCAUUGCCCUCGCUCUGGGUCCGGAGAGGGCUAGGGACGAGCUCAUUCCUUUCUUGCAGGACUCCCUGGAUGAUGAAGAUGAAGUUCUGCUCGCCCUCGCACAGGAGCUCGGAUCUGGCUUCGUAGAGUACCUGGGAGGACCUCAAUAUGCCCACCUCUUGCUGGGACCCCUUGAGAACCUAGCUGCAGUAGAGGAGACGGUGGUUCGAGAGAAGGCAUCAGAGUCCAUCACGAAAGUAGCAGAAGUCAUCUCAGAGUCACAAAUCGAGGAGCAUUAUAUCCCCCUCCUCAAGAGGCUCUCUGGCGGCGAUUGGUUCACAUCGAGGACAAGCGCAGCUUCUCUGUUCGCUGCCGUGUACGGAAAAGUGGGACAGAAGACACAGGAGGAUCUGAGGAAGAUGUUCGGCGCCCUUUGUAAUGAUGACACGCCCAUGGUCAGGAGGGCAGCAGCCAGGGAUCUUGGGGCCUUCGCCAAGAAUCUCUCGAAGGAGCUCGUCGUCUCAGAUGUGAUCCCCCUUUAUCGCAAGCUCUCCACUGAUGACCAGGACUCGGUGAGACUUCUGACGGUACAGGACCUGAUCGCAAUUGCCGAGGUCCUAGAUCACGCAGAGACAAAGACCUAUCUUCUGGCUUCGAUCCGAGGAGCAGUCUGGGACAAGAGCUGGAGAGUGAGGUACAUGGUAGCGGACCACUUUGUCAAGCUGGCUUCUGCUGUAGGCGAGGAUGUGGUUCGAGAUGACCUGGUCCCUGCCUUUGUUGCACUGCUUAAGGACAACGAAGCCGAGGUGCGAACAGCAGGAGCGGGUCAGAUUCCAGGCUUUGCAAAGCUGGUGGACCAGGACAUCAUCCUGGCUCGCCUGAUGCCUUGCGUGCGUGAGCUCUCUACAGACAACUCGCAACACGUACGAGCCGCCCUCGGUACCCAGAUCAGCGGUCUCGCUCCCCUCCUCGGCAAGGACGCUACAAUUGAGCACCUCUUGCCCUUGUUCCUGCAAUUGCUGAAGGACGACUUCCCAGACGUGAGGCUCAACAUCAUUUCCAAGCUCGAGCAGGUCAACGAGAUCAUCGGCAUCGACCUCCUCUCACAAUCACUUCUCCCUGCCAUUGUGGAGCUUGCCGAGGAUAAGCAGUGGCGAGUGCGUCAGGCGAUCAUCGAGUACAUUCCUCUCCUGGCAAAUCAGCUGGGCGUGGAGUUCUUCGACGAGCAGUUGAGCAAUCUGUGCAUGUCGUGGCUGGGCGACACAGUCUUCUCUAUCCGUGAGGCUGCCACGAUCAACCUCAAGAAGCUGACGGACGUCUUUGGUAUUCAGUGGGCUCGACAGACGAUCAUUCCCAAGGUGUUGCAGAUGGGCGUGCACCCCAACUAUCUGUACCGGAUGACUACGAUCUUUGCCAUUACCACCAUGGCUCCUUCGCUGAACACGUCGGCGAUUACAGACUCUGUGCUGGCUACGGUGCUUUCGCUGGUGGAGGACCCCAUUCCCAACAUUCGCUUCAAUGUGGCUCGAGCAUUCGAGGUAUUGGCCUCUGUGUUGAGCCAGGAGCCUCAAGGACGAGGUGUGAUCAGCAGCAAGAUCAUUCCUGCACUGGAGAAGCUCAAGGAGGAUUCAGAUGCAGAUGUGAGAUUCUUUGCGGGUAAAGGUCUGGAGGUAGCCCUGGUUGCUCAAAACGAGGCAGUUGCGAUGCCGUUGCCUGCUGUGACGGGUACGAAUGCGGCUGCCGAGGUGGGAGCGGGCUUGACGAAGCCUCUGGGCCAGUAGACGAGGAGUAGAAGAAGAAGCGAAGCUCAAGGGGGAUG